CAGCCCGGGAACAAUAAAUCAAAGGGAAAGGGAGUUACUGCGUAGCCAAGGAGCUUCUGAAACCCUGGGCCGCAGCAGGAGCCCGGGAGGAGCAUGGCUGAUGGCUGCCAUCGGGGUCCCGCAGAGAGAUUUCCUCUGCCCGCUGGCAGUGGGGCAGGCAGCAGCAUAGCAGACAGUGGGCAGGUCUGCCUGCAAAACACUGGGUACAGGAUCCUUAGUAGCACUGUCCAGGUAGUCCCUUGGCAGACUAAAUCCAGCCCCUGCUGCGGAAGAUGCUUCACCACUCUGGACAUGGAAGCCCCGAGGUUCAGAAGCCACAGGGCUCACUCAGGGCUGCUCAUGUCCCCGCAGGGUUUUUGAAUCCUUAGUUCAUUUUCCUGGGGCUGCCCUCCCUCCUGGAGCAGUUUGACACAGCCAGGAUGGGCAGCCUGGUACAUGUCCUGCCAGGCGUCAGGAACACUCAUUAAUUCCAGCUCAUCCACCAGGCCAUUUUUUCCCCUAAGAGGAAUAUCAUCACGAGGCUUAGCUGUUCCGCUUCCCCUGACAUGCAGCAGUGCCGUGUGCUGGGCCAGGGGCUGCUUCUGGCAUUGUGGAUACCGGUACCUAGAUGCCAGUCCCUGAAUGCCAGCUGUGGGUAUGAGUCUCUGUCUGCCAGCCCUUCGGUGCCUGUCCCAGGGCAUCGCUCCCUGGGUGCCAGUCCCUAGGUUCCAGCCGUCUCGGCAGCCAAAGCAAGUGCUUCAUAAACAUCAUCAAGCACCUUCCCCGAGUUCCCCCGCCCACAGCCCCAUUGCCAUCCCGCCGCGGGGGAGGCUGCUCCAGCCUAUCUCCUCGCCAUAUCUCCAGUGCGAGACGGCAGCAGCUCCCAGUAAUCCGGGUUAAUAAACAGGCAGCAGUGUCGGCAGCGGGAUCACUCCCUGCCUUGCUCCGGCUGGGAUCACGGGGUGCUGACGAAAGGAGCACUCUCGCCCUGCUCCUGCUGAGGUCAGAGGGUGCCCAUGCUGUUGGUACCUGCCUGUACACAGGAACUGGCAUCGGGCUGAGCCAAGCAGAGGCUGAUGUUAUGGCAGUGUCAGGAUCGGGAAGGUUCCCAGUGCUGAGCCAGGAGGAAAGGAAAGGGGAAAUGACUGGAGCCAGCCCAGGUAGCGCCAUUGUGAAGGGCAGUGUGAAGGGCAAGUCUUUUAAGAUAGAGAAAAUAUGGAGCGUGCUUCAUUGUGGAGCCGAUGGACACGAUAGUUGGGGCUGCAAUUCCUUUCCCGGCAGCACACUGAGCUCUGAGGUCCCAGGGACAGACACAGUCCUCCAAGCCACAACCCUUCUCUGUGGAGUAAGAGGAGAGGAACGGUGAGACUGUAAGGGGCCUUGGGAGUCUCAGAUCUGUCCAUGCUCCUCAAGGAGCUAAGAGGCUCAGUCAAGAAGACCGGGCAGUAAGAGGGGCAAGAGGUGAUGGUCAAGCCCUGGGCUACCCCUGCUACUGCACGAUGACACCGCCAUCGCGCGGCUUGUCCUCUGUACUGGGGACAAGUGGCUGCCACAGCUGGAUAUGCUGCCUCACACCAGCCCCUGGCUCCAGUUCAUGCCGCCAACAGCUCCCCAAAGCCAUCUCGUUUCUUGCCUAGACUCCGCAGAGGUGGGGGUUCCCAUGUGGGAAGACCCCGUGGCUGCUGCUGUCCCUAACACUGGCGCGGUGCUCCCCGAACAGCGUGGGGCCGGAGGGGUGCGAGGGACGUGGGUGUCCUCGAGUCCCCCGGCACUGCAGGGGUGCGAGCCCCGCGGCAAGAUCGGUGUCCUCCCUGUCCCAUCGGGGCUGCCCUGUCCGCCUCCCCGCCGGCACUGGGUGCGGCCCGGCGCAGCCCCCUCCCAUAGCACCUUCUCUCCGUGCCCCCCGCCCCCCUGGGGGAUCAAGUUCACGCCCGACCCACCGAUGCGGGGCCCAAUGGGGCCGGGCCCCAUCUCCAUCCGUCCCGGCCCGGCCCUGCCGCUCUCAGAGGCCCCAGCGGCGCCCCAGCAGGGAGGCAUUGGCCGGCAGCCCCCGCAUGGAGCCCUAGGGCAGCGGGCGGCGGGCAGCAUGUUCAGCCCGGACGGGGGGCUGCCGGCCGCCCCUUUCGGCCUUCUGACCGACGCCGGACCGCCCUUCCCUCGCGGCAGCUUCGACGGGGCGCCCGCUCAGCCGCUCUUCUUCCCCUUCGCCGCCACCGCCGAGCCCGAGCCCGCCCGGGACCCGCCGCCGGCCCGCGCCUGGCUGCCCCCGCCCGCCAAGGUGGAGGCGCGGCCGGGCCGACCCUGCAGCCAGCCCGAGCCCGAGCCCCGCACCGCCGCUUGCUGCGGCCCGGCCUGGCCGCCCCCGCCCUGGGCCGGCCCGUCGCCCUCCGGCCCCGCCGCCCUGCCCGGGCCGCCCUUCUCUGGCCCGGCUGCCCCUGCCUUCCCUGGCCCCCAGCUCUGCCCCGCCGCGCUGCAGCCGGGCUCCGGCGGCCCGUCGGGGCUGGGCAGCAGCGGCAGCUCCAGCGGCGCCGCCAGCGAGGGCGGACACUCCAGCGACAGCGGCGAGGAGGAUGCACCAACCUCAGGAGAGCUGGAGCAGUUCGCCAAGGACCUCAAGCACAAGCGCAUCAUGCUGGGCUUCACCCAGGCUGACGUGGGGCUGGCGCUGGGCACCCUCUACGGGAAGAUGUUCAGCCAGACAACCAUCUGCCGCUUCGAAGCGCUCCAGCUCAGUUUCAAGAACAUGUGCAAGCUAAAGCCACUGCUGCAGCGCUGGCUCAACGAGGCGGAGAACACAGACAACAUGCAAGAGAUGUGCAAUGCAGAACAAGUACUAGCCCAAGCGCGGAAGAGAAAACGCAGGACCAGCAUCGAGACCAAUGUGAAAGGGACACUGGAGAGCUUCUUCCGCAAGUGUGUGAAGCCCAGUCCCCAGGAGAUCUCCCAGAUCGCUGAGGACCUCAACCUGGAUAAAGAUGUAGUCCGGGUCUGGUUCUGCAACCGGCGUCAGAAAGGCAAACGGCUGCUGCUGCCCUACAGCAACGAGGCAGAGGGGAUGAUGUAUGACAUGAACCAGCCCCUGGUGCCCUCCACUCUGCCCAUCCCAGUGACGUCCCAGGGCUACAGCCUGGCACCCUCCCCUCCUGUCUACAUGCCGACCUUCCACAAAGCUGAGAUGUUCCCACAAGCGCUGCAGCCUGGGCUCUCCAUGAGUAACAGCGGCCACUGAACCAGGGGCUGUAGGCUCACUGCAGGUGGGCUGGUGCUCUGAGGCAGCCCCCCCUUGCCCUUGGCUCACACAGGCAUAGCCCUGCUUCUGCUCACUGGGCUGAUGUGUGCGGCUUUUGGGGUGCGAGGGGCUGAGAGCCUGACCCAGGGAUGGUGCCUGCUCUCUGCAGAUGCUCCCAGCCCUUCCCUGUUACGUGAGCUUAGUGGUCCCAGCAGCGUAGGCCCCCCUCUGACCUCUCCUGGGGGCAGCUCCUCCUGCCCCACUGCACCCUCUGAAGCCACAUGUGCCCAGGGCUCUUGAGUCCGUGCCUGGCCCCAGCCCAGCUGCUCUCCUGUGAGACUGGCUUGACCCAGUAUUUUUUAGAUUUUGGGGAAGGGUCGGGGGAGGUGGUGGUUUUAUUAUUUUUUAAAGGUUUUUGGUUGUAGUUUUUAAAAAGCAAAAAUUUUUGUAGUGAUCUAGUUUCCCAGGUGUCUCCUUCUGCCCUGUCAUGUAGAGAAUGGCUGGGGUGCCAUGCCCAGGGCCAAUGGCUCUGGUGGCUUUGCCCACCCUCCUGGGUGGCCAUGAUGAGCCGAGGGCUGGGGCAAGAGAAGAUGAGCCCCUCACCCUGUGGCACAAGAGAGCUUCACUGCUCUGUGGGGCAGCUGAUAAAGCUUGUUUGGGAUUUUGGGGGGUGGGGGGUCCUCCCCAGUGCUUUGUGCCCAGCAUCACCCCCCACCCACCCCCCUCGCCGCUCUCCAGCUGCUGUCUCCUGCCCCAGCCCAGCUGCCCAGAGAUCACCUUUCCCUGGAGGGCCCAGCCCAGGGGGCUUGCACCACCCUGUCCAUGCUGCUAGCACCCCAUGCCUUCCAGCCUGCUGUAGUUAAUGAUGAUUUUUUUUUUUUUUGUUCUUAAUCACAUUCCCUCUGGCAGUGAAAUAAACCUCAGAGUUCUUUGAGGCAA